GUGAUGUCGGGCGGCCCCGAGAACAUCGCGCUGGGUGAGCGCGGGCUGUCUCAGUCACGCGACCAACUGACGCCGGCCAGCCGCACGGAGAGCACCGUCUUCAGCCUGUCCCGCAGCGAUUCACUGUGGACGGCCGAGGCAGCACUGCCGGGCCGCUGCCAGCUCUUUUGGUUUCCCAUCCACUUCAUGUCCACGGGCGGCGGUUUCCUGGCUUGCGGCGUCAUCAUCAGCGGCCUCUACUUCGCCGGCCACUGCCGCAGGGUCAGCAACAUCCUGGGUCCCGCCCUCCUCUCCGUCGGACUCAUGGUUUUUGUGGUGGGCGUGGUGCUUAUUCCCAUUACUAGGGACAAUCUACGUCGCGCCGCCAAAAAGCCGCUCGCCUUCCACCGCCAUCCCGCCUUCAAUGUCUGA